AUAUGAAAAGUGUGACCUCGGCCUACCAGAUUUAGAACGUACGGUGGCGAAACAAACGAGCGUCGUAGCCCGUUCCAUGCUUUUAGUUUCAAGCAGGCUGUUGUUCGCGUUGAUUGGUCAAGAUCUCCACAGACCUUCGUUUGUUUUUUCUCUUUUUUAUAAAUUUAAUUUAAAAGACUCAAGAACAACAACAAAAAAAAAGAUAUCGUGAAAAGUGCGGGUUUUUAUUAAUUUUUUUGAGUGGUUUUUAAAAAUCUUAAGGGAGAUCUCUUUAAAAUUUAAAGGGAAAAUAGUCUUGAGGUUCGUUUUGGUUUAUUUGGAGAUAAAUAAAAGUUUGUUUUUGAAAAAUACUGAAGAAAAAUGAGUAAAGGAUCGUCAAUGCCACCCCCUUACGGGCCACCACCCGCAGCGCCCCCUACAUACGCACAGGCAGUUGGGGGUGUUCCCCCAACAGCACCCUACAUACCUACGUACCACUUGAGAAAAGAUCCAGAAAUCCUUACAACCAUAGUACCAGUUGUUGGACCCAAUUCAACCCACAUGGUUUGCCCGCAUUGCGGAGCAGAAAUUGAUACCAGUACCAAGUCAAAACCAGCGAAAAAAGCUUACAUCUCCAGUGUAAUCCUGUGUAUAAUUGGAUGUUUCUGGGGUUGCUGUCUGAUCCCCUUCUGCAUGGACUCUUGCAGAAACGUCAAACACAAAUGUCCGAACUGCGAUUCGUACUUGGGCACCUACAAGCGAUAGAACCGGAUCAAAACUGUUUUUUUUGACAUACUGUAUAUAUCAUCGUACCACGUACCACUCACAGUUCUCCAGAAGAAACACUCUUUAACAUAUAACAGUGUUUAUAUGCCUUUAUUUUUUUAGACUGGUGAUUUUCAGUAUAGAAACUUCCAAAACAAAUUUUUGGGCAUACUGUAUAUAUCACCAUAGCACUUUCCACUCACACAUCUUCGGCAAAAUGACAUUUUAACAUGUAACAGAUUUUAUAAGCCUUUACUUUUUUUAAUAAGUGUCUUUUUAGUAUCGAAAUGUGUAAAACCAUUUUUUGGACAUCCUGUAUAUAUAACCGUGAGCUACUGCUGACCUUGUGUCUUUAACAAACAACAUUUUUUUAACAUAUAACAGUGUUUUUAAGUCUUUUUAUUUUUUAUAAUGUUCUGAACAUCAAACUGUUUACCUAACUGCACCAAUGAACGACAAUUUAAGCAUUUUUUAUUAGGGAGUUUUAGCAAAUCACCGAUAAACGUUAUUUUUAUAGUUUUGCCUCUCUAUUAUUUAACAAUUUUAAAUAUUUUUAUUUUUAGAAAUUUAUUUACUUAUUUUAUUAUGUUCAGCUUGCAAUUUUUUUGUAACCAGAAGAAAAAAUUGGUCCUCAUGUAUUUUUAAUCCAGUAGUUUCCACUGGAUAUUUUUUAUAGCUUUAAAUAUAUUGCAAUAAAUUAACUAUUAUAACCAAUGACUAAAGACUACAAGGACCAAUAAACCCCGAUACCAAAUUGUUACCAUACCUCCAAACAGUGCCGUGCCUCAUAUUUUUCUAAACUUAGCUGCUUGAAGAGAUUUGUAUAUUUUUCAUAAAUGUUUUGACUAGGCCUAUGGUGUAUGCUGCUUAUUUACGUGGUAUCAUACAAAUUAAUUACAGAAAAAAACGUUUUAAAAUGUUAACAGAAGGUACGAAACAACACAAAUUCUGCUUGUUAAGUGUCCUUGUAUUCUUUAGUCACUGAUAGCGAUGGCUAUGAACUGAAGAUCGCCCAUUUCCAAGCCAACUGGACGCCGUUUUUUUUCGAUCAUACGGUAUAUUUACCGAUUAUAACAGUACGAAAACUCUACCAACUGCCAUAAUUUAUUACAUCCCAUUUUGCAAAACUUCGCGGUGUGUGUAGUCACUGUUUAUUUUUAAAAUUUAGAAUAGUUAUACAUAUUUAUGAAAGUGCUUGGCCGAUUAUGUCAUAGUACUGUAACACAGAGUGCAAGUGGUGUAUGUUUUUUAAACUAAAAUACCGUUAAGGUGUCUUUACACGACCGCAAACUAUAUAUUAUGUAGAACAGGCCUUAGAAAACGUCAUCCAAGUUGUUUUUUUGUAAUAAAAAUGUUUUUUUUCGCAUAAUUUAUAUUUAUUAACAUGUAAAUCACCGAAUCAUUAUUCAUUGUUUAUGUAUAGUUGUAAAAAUCUACUAAUUGUUAUUAAAAUAAACUUAUUUUUUAUAUAACU